CGUUCUUGUCCCGCUGACACCGGAAGCUGUCACCAGUCCAGCCGUCAGUGCGCCCGUCUCUUGGCACCAGGCUCUUCCUUGCCCUUCAUGGGCAACAGAGUGACAACAACAACAAUAUGUCGGCCUCGCUAGUGAGAGCGACCAUUAGGGCGGUCAGCAAGAGGAAGCUGCAGCCCACCCGGGCCGCCCUCACCUUGACACCUGCAGCUGUAAAUAAAAUAAAGCAGUUACUCCACGAUAAACCUGAUAACCAUGGUUUAAAGGUAGCCGUUCGCACAAGGGGUUGCAAUGGUUUGUCAUACUACUUAGAAUAUGCAAAGUCCAAGGGACCUUCUGAUGAAGAAGUGGUACAGGAUGGAGUGAAAGUAUUCAUUGAGAAGAAAGCACAGCUCACUCUCUUAGGAACUGAAAUGGACUAUGUAGAAGAUAAACUUUCAAGCGAGUUUGUUUUUAAUAACCCAAACAUUAAAGGAACUUGUGGAUGUGGUGAAAGCUUCAAUAUUUGACACAAUGCUGCCUUUGUUCAACUUAAUGAACAGUACUCUUCAUCGUAAUGUUUAAUUGUAAUGCACGUUGUCAGAUCAUCAGUCUUCAUAAAAUGUAGCUUACUUGAUUUCAUCUAAUAAGAUUUGAGUGUGUUUUAUGAACAAAACUCUAUUAAUUGUUCCUGUCGUACCUACAACUUUGGCAAGCAGCAUCAGUAACUGAACUUUAAAUUUCCAGGUUUUCAAAUCUGUAACUUAACAGGAAUCUAUCCUAAAAGAGAACAUGUGUUUUUAUUGUACCUCUGUUUAAAGAUAGAACAUGUUUUACAUAAUGCAGUGUAAAAUGAAAGUAUGCAUAGACACUUCUUUAGGUUUCGUUAACCAGGACGUUUGUCUGAAUUAUCAGGAAUAUUUCAUAAGGAAUUCAAAGAGAAAUCAAAUAGACAUUGAAUUGGUUUCAUUACUUUAUAUAAUCAUUCUUUAAAUAAAGUAUUAAAGAAAAUGCACGGCCUAAUGGAGAAAUUGUUGCAAGGAUACAACAAUUAGAACAUUAACAUUUUGAGUGAAUAUAAAGCUAUAAACAUCAUUUUAUGGUAGAUCACUGUUAUUGAUAGAACAGAAAUGAAAGUUCUUUUGGGAGCAAUAGUUUUUGCAUCUUAAAUUUUUUUUAUAUAUAUAUUCAAUGUAUUGUGAACUCACAGGUAGUUCUACACAUCUGGUUUCUCUACACAACGGGGUCUGUAAAAAAACAUUACCUUGAGGUGCUUUGUCUUGGGUCAGUGUGCUUCAAGCCAGCAUGUAAGCGUGAUUUAUACACUAAAAGACCAGGGUUUUUUGGGGGGCGAGGGGGGGAUUUAUCCAAAUAUGCUUAUCUGCCUUACCUACUAAAUUGGUUAUCCAUUUAUAAUCAUAGAAAGAAUGUGAUAGAUCAACACUGUAUUGUAUUUAAUAGGAUCCCUAAUGUGUACAACAUUAAAUAAUGUCUGUUUUUAAAAAUAAAAAAAAACACUUUUUCAAAUAAAGAACAUAUUUUGAAAGUGUAUAUGCUCUUAGUGAAGUGAGGAGAAACAAACAAACAUACAUGAUUACUAGACACGGGUCAAUUUACAUUUGGUGAUUUUAUGAAAUCUCUGUUCUUUUACCCUUUCUGCUAAUGCCAAGGGACACGCAGCACAAGAGGUUGUAGUGGUUGCAGGCAGCCUGUGCUGUCACCCAGUUCUGUGUCAAACCAUUUUGUGAGCAGCUUGAUUUUAACAUCAGGUCCCCAGGCACCUAGGACCCAGUCCCUUUCUAAAUGAAUUGCGCUCUUUCAUGUUGGCAAUAUCAUUUUUGUCCAUGUUGACAGUAGAAAAAGACUGAGCUUAUCAUCUGACAAUUCCUCAAUGCUAUCCAAAUAUUGGUAAAAAAAUUUACAUUGCUAAGUGUAAUGUCUGAACCUCUGAUGAACUGGCCACGUGAGUUUUGUGGGACAACACUCUGUUUUGUGUCGGACCACUUACACAACUGGGAAAUGGUGCGUGACACCAGUUUCUUACUACCACAAAGUAGUAGUUAUAGUGCUUAGACUGACUCUUUUAAAGCGGGAUACUGUUACAUCCAAAGACUUUUUAAUGUUAUGCUAUUUAUCCCCCUGUGUUUUCACAUGUGUUGGGUUUUUUUUUGUCAUUUUCAUAUAGUAUGUGGAGGUAGAGUAACAAUAUUUUUGUUUCUUCUCUUACUAAAGCAUAGAGUGCUCUGACUAUGCCCUCUCUAAAUUGUGACACCAGUUGCUAAAUCUUCAAUAUACACUUUAAAAGAAACCAAAUUAUGUGGGUGAUUUUUAGGGUUAUUCAUUGGUAUAAAUUCCUGAAAAGUGAUUGUUCCCCUUAAAAUUAACUUGGGAUUUUUUUUUUUAUAUUUUUAUUACAACAAACUUGGAUUCCUUUAUUAACACACUCUAAAAAUAUUUCCCAGGCAAUUGACAGAAAUAAAUCCUACUGAUGUGGGAGCUGCAUUAAACUUGCUUUGUCCAUUUUGUGUAAUAAAUUGCCUUUUUCCUUAGAUUAGAUUUUUACUUCUAAGUUUUUCCAUUGAUUUUAGAAAUUAAAUAUUCAGCAUUUUUAUAUAUAAUAUCUGUUAGUGCAGCUCCCGUUCUUCAUUUUGCUACAAUACUACAGGAUGUUUGAAUAUGUUAAUUAUAAAUGGCUAACCGAUAUAGAGUAUAACUUAUUUAGAAAAUGUUAUGUAUAUGUACACUGCAGUAGAUAUGGCAAUGAUGAUUAUGCUUGACCCUUAAUACAUCCUAUGUGCUUGCUCAAUAUAGUUCAAAUACUCCCAACAGCACUGUACUAAAAGCUUACAUUGUUACACGAUAAGGUACAACUAUGUAAGAAUCCAUGUUGCCUUAAUACAUUUUAUAGUAAAUGUGGUAAAAUCAGUUUAGAAAAAAAUGGUAAUGAAACUGGUGUGACCAACUAAAAAUAAUGUGUAUAUACAGUGUAAAACAAACAGUGUCACAAAUCGAACACUUAUAAUACUUCAGUAGUGUGUAUUGUAAAAUUCUGUUGCUUUCUAAUCCUUAAGAACUAUUAUUUUCCUUCCUGUUAAAAUGACAAUAUUAGGUAUUCAUUUCAUGUUCUUUGCCCUCUCAAACAUUGCACCAUAGAGCUACCUGUUUGCUGCUUUUUUUUUUUAUUAUUAUUAUUAUUUAUCAAGGGACAUGGUUUGUAAAUGUUCUAAGCGUUAUCUUUUGGUUGCAUAAGUUAAGUUGGCACUGAUAUCCCUUUCUCUUGAAGGAGAUUUUUUGAAACGCACAAGUUGGUGUCGAACUUGAACUGGGAUGUAUAUGUAUCAUUAUAUAACUUUUGGUUUGAAAAAUAAAUGUUGGUGGCACAAUA